AUGGCACCCAAGCACGAUCGCAGCGCUAGUCCAGAGAGUGACAGCCCUGCACCGCCUCGAAAGAAGACCAAGCCCAGCAAGAAGCUUACCCCGAAACCGGCUGGCAAGAACCCUAGCCAGGAAGCCGCCGAGACUCCGGCCCCAGCCAGUGACUAUGAGAGUGACACCGAAGCGGGAGAGAGUGGGUUUGACGAAUCGAGUUCUCGAGCCAAGGCGCCGAAGCGCACCCCUGCCAAAAACAAGGCCAGCCAAAUCACGCGCAAGAAAGAGAAGCGGCAGAAGGAGAAAGACCACGAUUUCAAGUUCAAAGCCCGAGAAGAGUGUCUCACCGAACUGGCCAAGAACUACGUGGGAUUCCACUGCAUCGAGCAGGACCGCGCCUUGACCCGCAACAUGCAGUACCUGGCAGGGUACAUGGGCCUAGCGCGGACAUCCGACCUCGGCGGCAUGAUCACCGCCAUGGAACCGUACUUGACCAACUUUCUCAAAAUCAAAGAUCGAGGCUUUGAUGUCCCCAAGGUGAAACCGACAUCCACCCACUCUAAGACCUCCAUCUUCAAAGAAAUCUCCAAGGGCCCGGACAUGCCAGGGAACUGGAAGCGUCUGGCAUCCGUGUCCACCAAACAUCCUCUGAAGCUCAACGACCCUUGCCUGGACGGCUUCAACGACGCACGCCAACACUCGUCCAUUUUCCCUCAAGCCAUAUAUGUCGCGCAGAUCUUUCAACUCCUCAAAGUAUUCCCGCAAUUUUUCCCCGACUCCUUCACGAUCCCGCCCCCGACCACGGACAAGUGGGCCAUCGCCACCCCCGAGGACGCCAACCGCGCCUUGACGGUCAUCCGCUUCGGCUGUUUUCACUUUGGCCACAAGGCUAAGCUUCCGAGUUUCGGUGAUCGCAAAGCCUUUCCUGUUCGCUAUCUCACCAAGGACGAGAUCGACCGCUUCAAAUCGAGAGGAGACGUGAAUGAGAAAACACACGUCAUGGACGAACUGCGGAAACAGGCCCAGGCCUUUUUCCACGAAGAGGACGGUCUCGGUAUGGAGGACUUUGAAGCGCUGGACAUGACCAUGUUCCCGAGUCCGGGAGAAGAUCUGGUGGACCGCCUGCGAGAUGAUGGUGACCAACUGGAGCAGACGAUUGAGAAUUUCGCCGACAAACUGGAUAAGAAGAACAAGGGUAAAUCCGGCCUUGAGUCUACAUCCAUGGUCAAACGUCCCGCCCUCGGUGAUGACACGUUAAAAUUCUUUCUCGACACCCAAAUUAAGAAGUGCCAAAUUGUCCAUGAUGCAUUCAUUGGCGAGGAGGUCGGCGAAUCCGUCGAGAAGCCCAUCGACAUGACGGAAACGGUCAGCGUGGCGGAGCGGGUGGCCCAAGAGGGUUACCAAGAUCCGUUCAAGCCAUCAUCCAGCGUGGAAACCUUGGAACACCAUUUCUGGGACUUACGCGCCAACAUGUCGACCGUGUCUGUGUCGACUCCCACCUAUCCCGAGGCAGCCGCUCGAUUUGGCUUCGAUCCGGAUCACCACCGUGCGGGCCAGAUCCAGAUUUCUCACCCCUUGUCACCCGAUGCCCCGAUCCCAUUCGUUCCCAAGUUGCACCAGGUCAUCGGCGCCGCCUGGCAGUUGCACCAAGAAGAGAACCCCAUGGGGGGCGGCAUCAAUGCCAAUGACUGUGGCAUGGGGAAAACGUCCCAGACUCUGCUUGCCAUCUUCCAGUCGGCCCGAGAAAAGUACGCGCGUUGGGAAGCCGGCGACACCGACCAGGAUUUUCGACCGACCCUGAUCCUCGCGCCCCCCAACCUGGUGUCGGUAUGGUAUAAUGAGUGGGUUCGGUGGUGGGUGCCUCGUGAAGGUGACGCCGCUCUGGACCUUCGUAUCUUCUACGGCAGUGACCGAAGUCCCGAUGCGUCCUCGGCCCAGCGCGUCUUGAUACUACCCUCGAACGUGACCGAGGCCUCCCAAAUCAUUCAGCACACGUUCCCGGCCCACCGACCCACGAGCGCAUUUGGCGUGAUCAUUGGCGCCUAUGACACCCUGACCAAACGAUGUUUGACCUCCAACCGACAGGGUCCGGAAGAACAACAACGUCGCGCCUACCGUGCGUCAGCCAAAGUUCGAGACUCGACGUCCGCGAUGCCUACGGCCUUGGACCCAGAAGAUAACAUCGAACGACAGAGUACCAUUCACCAGACUCCGACGAAUCAAUCCAAGAAGCGGUCCCAGAUGAAGGAAGUAUACCGACUGGUCAAGCAUGCCGCCAAGAAUGAUAACGACUUCGACGACGGAUCGGACAUUGAUGGUGAUGAUGAUGACCGCGUAGUGUAUACGAAUCGUUUGGCCCACCUCUUUCACCGUGUCAUCUGCGAUGAAGGGCACAAAUUGAAGAAUCCUCGCACUAAAAAUGCGAAGGCCGUUGAAGUGUUGUACGCUCCCAAACUGUGGAUCGUGACUGCCACCCCCAUGAUGAAUCGAGUCUCGGAUCUCUUGGGUUACCUGUGCCUUUUUUGGCGUCCGGAGUGGAAUGACGAUCUCGAUGUCUUGGACGGCUGGACCCUUCCCUCCAGCGCCACGAAGAGAUACGAGAAGACGACGCUAGACGAUUGGCAGGACCGGGCGCCUCACUAUUGCCAGAAAUACCGCCACCAGCCGAUGUUUCUGUUUGAUCCGGCCCUGUUUACCAAGCUGCACAAUCAAGGCGAACUCGCCGGCGGCCGCGUCAGUCACCUGGUCCUGCGCACCAUUCUCUCCCGCAUGCAGUUGAGAUGGACCAUGGCAUCCAAGAUCCCACUCGACGACCAUAACUUCUACCAACCGGGCAAAGAAGUUCCCAUGUAUCGCAUUGCCGGGGUGGAGCUGAGGAUGAGUGCGUACGAGCGCGCCGAGUAUCUUAAGCUGUGGCAUGUCUAUGAACCGUACCUGACCCACGGGAAGAGCUCGUCCUGCGACCAGUCCAAGAAGCCCGGAGCCGGCCGUGGUGGUCUUCGUGACAUGGGCCUCCAUCGUCAUAUCUGUCUGUCGACCUUUGAUCUACGCAUGAAUACCCUUUUGCUCCGCAAGAAGAAGCACUCGGCUCUCGAGGUGGCCGGAUGGGCCGACGAGGGGGAUGACCACGGGUUUAGCCGUUACUUCUACGCCACUCGCCCGGCUCCGUCCUUACCUCCGUACAUGGACCGCCUCGGGGUCUGCGCUUAUCAAUGCGGCGAGUCGGUCAAAUUGCGAUACACCUGCCUUCAUAUCAAGAAUGCCCUGUUCGGAGACGCCACCGGCCAUCUGACAGGCAAACUGACCAUCUAUUGUAACUGGCCGACCACGCAAUGGGCGGUGGGCUGCCUGCUGCACAAUCUGGGCGUCGCCUACUACAAUCUCUGGCCCUCCACCACGCUGGCGCGCAAAGAGGAAAUCCUCAAGCAAUUCAAUGACCCAACCGAUCCGGCUAUGUUUCUCAUUGCCAACACUCGAAGCUCGGCCCUGGGACUGAACAUUCAGGGAGCGUGCCACAAGAUUCUGAUCUUGGAGAUGCCGGACAACAUCAACACCGUCAUUCAGACGAUUGGACGGGUCCACCGAAUCGGACAAAAGGAGAUCCAGUACAUCUGGCUGGUGUGUGUGCAGGACACGUAUGAUCAGUGGUUAUUCUCCAAUGCCACCGUUAAAAUGAUCGCCCAGGUGACGGGCGAAUCCCACAUGGAGAGUUGCCACUUCACCUCCGAGCAAAAGCAUCUCAUGAUCCAAAUGUCCCAACAGCAUGGCGCAAACGAGGCCCGGGAGUUGAGGAAGAAGUUCUGUGAUGACAGCUACGUGCGGCAGGCCGAGGAAUACAUUCGGCUGCAAUUGGGGCAACGUUGUUCCCGGUUGGACUGGCGCCACAAGAUGCUCCCCCAAGUCCACGAUCCGGGUAGUGUCUCCGCUCGCACCCCGCCACGCCGCCAUGAUCCCCAGAGACUCCUUCAACAAUCACGACCGAUCAUUAUGCCCGCACGAUCCCGGGAAUCAUUGCACGUCGAAAUGGGGCCAUCCACCCCGACGCAUCCAUCCCUCCAACCUAUGGCUCCUAAUGCAUCCAUUGGAGACUCGCUUCGUGGUCUCGAGAUGGAUGAGGUGACACAGUACCAGGACGAUAAAGUCCGAUUGAAUGAUCAGGGCCAAAUGAUCGACCAGCAAACCUUGUACGUCAUCGACGAGACCAGCUCUUGGAUUAUCCACCCCGACCAUCGUCGUCUAGUGGAUCCCGACAGUGGCGGUCAUUACGACAUUAUGACUGGCGACUGGUAUGAUCCAGAGACCGAAGAGCCGAUGGAGGCUCCAUGCCUUGUUCCUGGAUAUGAAGUGUGGUGGAAUACCCAGCCCCUAAUGAAACUGCGGUCUCGGCUUGAACGAGCUCGUGAGGAAGCCGGCGACGAGUUCAAGCACUUCGGCGAUGAUGAUGGUGAUGAUGCCAGAAAUGCACCAGAGCAUGUUGACGAUGAAGUUGAGGCCGAGAACGCCGCAACUCUCGAGACACAGGAGAAUGCUGACCAUCCAUCCGAUGACACGGCCGGUAUUCAAGACAGUGAUGAUAUGACCGUGACCACGAAGGCCGUUGAGGAUGUUAUCACUUCUCCGAUGGAUCAAGGAGGUGACUAUGAUAUGAUGAACACUGAGGAAGUGGCUAAUGUCGAAGGAGAACCUAAUAAGAAUUGA